GAUUUUAUGCUCAAACCAAACAAAGAAAGGAGGUAAAUCUGUUGUAGUUUCUACUCAGGGGAGUAAUGCUUUUAAAGGAAAUAUAAUGUGCAUAUUUGGAGCCAAACAGGCAAACAGUCUUUUGGAUAUUGAAGUAGAGAUCCCCUCAGCAUCCAAUCUAGAAGAAAUUGGUCUUUCAAAUGAUAUUAAAGAAUUGGGUGGGUUUGAAUUAGAAGGUUGCAUAUCUUCUUGUGCUCAUGGGCAGGGUCGUAGCUCAACAGAUCGUCAAUUUUAUUACAUAAAUAACAGACCUUGUGACCCAACCAAGGUUUCUAAAGUAGUUAAUGAAGUAUACCACCAUUUUAAUAUACAUCAGUUUCCAUUUGUGUUCUUGAAUAUUAAAACUGCACGUGAAAGUGUUGAUGUAAAUGUAACCCCAGACAAGAGACAGAUUUUUCUUGACAAUGAAAAGCUUCUAGUAGCAACUGUGAAGGCUUCACUUUUAAAAUUAUUUGAAAAAAUUCCACAUACAUAUCAAGUUCAAAAUGCAGCUAUUGGUCCAUCAAAGUGCCCUCCUAGUGAUAAUGGGCCAUCAAAUUCUGCAACACCAUCUCCAAACAAUAAAUCAAGUUGCAAGAUAAGUAAUUUCUCCUCAUUACUAAAAAGUUUCAGCCAUUCAAACAGUAGGUCUGAAGCAGACCAAGAUCUUGCGUCACCCAAAGGAGAAAAAUCCUCUGCUAGGCGAGGAUUAAAGAGACCCAAUUGCUAUGAAAACAACGAUGGCAGUGGGAAGAAACAGCUGUGUUUAACUGGUUUUGUAUCCUAUGAAUCAAAAUCUUCUGUCAUGAGAACCUCACCCGACCAUUGUGCCGUAGUUACCUCCAGUGGUCAGACUGAUUCUUUUGAAAUUGAAAGUAAGAAUGAUAGUAUUAAACCAACGGAGGAAACUUUAGAUGAUGGCCUAGUGGAAGAUGACAACUUAAACAGCAGUGUUGUAACAACCCAUUAUUCAACUGAAGAUAGUGGAUUACAAUUGACUGACAACAAUUCUACAAUAAAAUUAGAUGAGCUUUGUGAUAAAAUGGAAAAUUCACCAGUUUCUGAUUUGAAUAAAGCUAGUGUCUCUGAAUAUACUAGCUCAGAUAAAGUCAACAGGAUCACUGAAACAUUAUUACCAAUAUUAAAUGAUAGUAAUGUUAAAAAGCCUUCAGGUCGAAGGACAAUUACUAUAAAUAUGAAUAUGAGCAAGCUGAAAAAUCUUUUCCAUAAAUUUAAAGUUAACAAUGAGAAGGGAGUUGAGACCUCUCUCAAUGGGAAACCUCGUGUUCGUUUUUAUGCAGAAAUUGAUCCCACUAAAAAUAAAAGUGCUGAGCAAGAACUAAACAAAGAAAUAUCAAAAGACAUGUUCUCGAAGAUGGACAUAAUUGGUCAGUUUAAUCUUGGCUUUAUAAUUACCAAACUAGGCCAUGAUUUAUUUAUAGUAGACCAACAUGCUACUGAUGAGAAAUAUAAUUUUGAGACUCUACAAGCUCAUACAACCCUGAAAAAUCAAAAACUUGUCAUUCCUCAGACUCUUGAUCUAACAGCUGUUAAUGAAUGUAUUUUGAUGGACAAUCUAGAUAUAUUCACUAGAAAUGGCUUCACUUUUCAGAUAGACAAAGAAGCGGAUCCCACAAAACGAGUUCGGUUAGCAGCCAAACCCAUAAGUCACAAUUGGGAGUUUGGCAAAGAAGAUAUUGAUGAACUGCUCUUCAUGCUGCAGGAUUCUCCUCAUACAAUGUGUCGUCCAUCACGAGUGCGGGCAAUGUUUGCCUCUAGAGCAUGCAGAAAAUCUGUCAUGAUAGGUACAGCCUUAAGCAAAUCAACUAUGCGGCAACUUGUUGACCAUAUGGGAGAGAUUGAGCAGCCAUGGAACUGCCCACAUGGACGUCCCACAAUGAGGCAUUUGGUAAAUCUGGAACUAAUACGCAAAAGAAAAUGAGCAAGCAGUCCGAACCACCUUUUUUUGUAAGCUUAAUGUCAGUUUUAUAUGUCUCCCCUUUGUUGAGAGCCUUCUUUUAUAUUUAUCUAAAUGAUUUGCUUCUACUGUUGAAACUCCUGAAGCUGUGAUAGUGUACUUUAAAAUUUCAUAAUUAGUUUAUUUUUAAGAAUACCAUGAGUAUGGAUUGUAAGUAUUAAUAUGCAUGUAGGUGUAUUCAUUUUAUUACAAAAAAUAAGACAUCAGAGUUAAGUGA